AAAAAAAUAUCAAUUUAAUCUCAACUGGCAGCUCCUGCUUGCCUCAACAAAACAGAAGGCGCGCGCGUCCCCGGUCAGACGUACUUGAGCAGUGCCGCGGCGAGGACCAAACGCCCCGCGCUCCUCUCACACCACCAAGAUGCGAGUCCUCUCCCGUAACAUACUACACCUCGCUAGGAGCCACGUCUCCAGGGCCGCCGCGGUGACAGGUGGCGUGCGAGGGCAGCAGACGGCGCCAAAGGAAGCUUCCUCUCCUCUAGUCGCCAAUGAACCGACGGCACCCAAGGUCCUCACUAGCGUGCCGGGUCCCGCCACACAGCAGCACCUGAAGGAGCUCAACGCGAUACAGGAGUCGGGCGCCGUGUCGCUGUUCGUGGACUAUGAGAGCUCCCUCGGGAACUACAUGGUGGACGCUGACGGAAACACUAUGCUGGAUGUCUUCACGCAGAUCUCCUCCCUCCCGCUGGGCUACAACCACCCCGACCUACUCAACAUCCUCUCAGACCCCAGCAAUGUGAAAGUCUUCAUCAACAGACCAGCUCUCGGUUCCUUCCCGAGUCCCACGUGGCCAGAGGACCUCCGUAGCUCCCUCCUACAGGUGGCGCCAAAGGGGUUGAGUCACAUAUGCACCAUGGCGUGCGGGUCCUGCAGCAACGAGAACGCCUACAAGGCCAUGUACAUUCGGUACCGCACCAGGGAGCGCGGGGGCAAGACGGACUUCACGCAGGAGGAGCUGGACAGCUGCAUGAUCAAUCAGGCUCCAGGCUGCCCCUCCUACUCGUUGCUGUCCUUCCAAGGCGCCUUCCACGGCAGGACGAUGGGCUGCCUGGCCACCACGCACUCCAAACCCAUCCACAAGAUCGACAUUCCUUCCCUAGACUGGCCCAUCGCGCGCUUCCCUAUUUAUAAGUACCCGUUAGAGGAGCACGUCAGGGAGAAUCAGGAGGAGGACCGCCGUUGCCUCGAGCAGGUUGAGGACCUGAUCCACAAGUACAACAACAUGGGCAAUCCCGUGGCGGGGAUCGUGGUGGAGCCUAUCCAGUCUGAGGGCGGCGACAACCACGCGUCCUCGGAGUUCUUCCAGGAGCUGCAGCAGAUCGGCAAGAGGACGGGCGCGGCGCUGCUUAUAGACGAGGUGCAGACGGGCGGCGGACCCACGGGCAAAAUGUGGUGCCACGAACACUUCGACCUGCCCGAGGCCCCAGACGUGGUGACCUUCAGCAAGAAGAUGCUCACUGGCGGAUACUACAUCAAGGAGGAGUUCAGGCCUCCCCAGGGGUACCGCAUCUAUAACACGUGGAUGGGCGACCCCUCUAAGGUGGUAAUGCUACGAGAAGUGUUGCGUGUUAUCAAGCGAGACAAUCUACUAGACAAUGCGAGGGAUACGGGCGACAUCCUCUACAAGGGCAUCGAAACACUGGAGCAGAAAUUCCCACAGCACAUUGAUCGGCUAAGAGGUCGCGGCCGAGGCACCUUCAUCGCCUUCGACGGGAUUACCCCCGCCAAACGUGACGCCAUCAUUGGGAAGCUUAAGCAACAAGGUGUACAUACAGGAGGCUGCGGGGAGAAGACCGUGCGUCUCCGGCCUGCUCUCAUCUUCCAGCCCAUCCACGCCCACAUCUUCCUUGACAAGCUGGAGACUGUGCUGGCUGGGCUGUAAGCGUCAUGCCUCAGCCCAACAGCGUCAAGAAAUUAUGGGAAGAUCGUGGUGCAGCAGCAGGAAGAGCAUUUUUCUUCGUUUUUUUUUUUUUUUUAUCGAUAAUGAAUCCUACGUGCAUGGUCUUAUUCACUUUCAUUCCGUGAGUUCGUGGGUUUGCACUAAUAAUGGGAAAAGGAUUUUGUUUUGUACUUGUGUGGUCAGGAUGCUCAUGUCCUUUGAGUGCCGCCUCACACCCUGACUGACUGACUGACGCUCGGCCUUCAAGCAAGCAAUGACAAAACCUGGCGGUGUUUUUUUUUUUUACUGUUAUGACGUACUAUUGUUUCCUAUGGCUAUUAUUCAUUUUCUUGUGUUGGUCUGCUCGUAUAUAACACAUUAUUCAAAUAUUCUACCUAAAUAAUAUUCAAAUGACUAUUUUUAUGAUGUAUGAUUGCUCUAUAUUAUGAAAGUGUCCAAUUAAAAUUUAACUUUUUUACAUUUUAAGAGAAGCAGCUGUAUGCUCUAAGUACAGCGAUAUACUAUUGAUUAUUUCAAAUGUAUUUUGGCCUGUGGUCAAUCUCAUAAUUGCAGCCAUAGUUAUCAGCUUCAGAUUCCAAUAAAACCUGAAGAUAUUGGUGACAUUCAGACAAGCUGGAGGUGGAGGGUAAGAGAGACAGACAGGUGUUAUAAAGUGAGGCUGACACCAGAGCUUCAUCAUUCCCCUAAAGGAGCCAAAAGCAAAACUAGUCAAGAAUAAACUCGCUUCAUAAUACCUCUCACUUAAUCUCCAUCCCUAAAGACAUUAAUAAUGAAAUUAUAGACUCCAGCAAAAUUCUAGUGUGGAAUUGUGUGGGAUGUGCCUGGUGGUGGGCUGGGCCUGCUACAGGGCACCCCAAGCUGAUAAGUGUGGCAUGCUGGGCACAAUACUGGACUUUAAAUUACUGAUGCCAGUAUUCAAGCACUAUUUUCUCUUGCACUGAAAUUAUCUAAGAUUAUAUUAAUCUGCUACAUAAAGUAUAGAUGAAAUCACAAACAAAAUGUAGAAAUUGGCAAUUUAUUCAUGCCACAAUCCAUAAAAAAUAUAGGUAACCAUAAAUGAUAAAGGAGUAGGAUACCAUAGCCUUGUUCUAGUAGCUAGUGGUCAUCAGCACAGCUUAUUGAAGCCAAACCCAGUACUUGCCGUGCACUUCAAAUAUUACAAGAUUUCCGUUCAAAAAGAAAAUUUCAUGCGAAUAAUUUGAUUAGUAGUAAUGUUUAAUAUGCUGGGUUGUUUUCAGCAUACUGUAUAUACAUGUAUAUUGCAAAUGAAACAGGGUACCCUACAAUUGGACAGGGAAAUAGAAGCCUCAGGUAGUACAGAGAAGCAACAUACUACUUAUGAUGACACCACACCUGCCUGCACGUUGAGGUUCGUCCCAUUAUGGUCACUACCAAACCAACCCAAAUUUACACCACCACAUAUUAGGGCCAAAUUUGAUAUAGGAACCAUCCACCACAUUAGGGAGCACUUAUUGCAUCCACACAAAUGUGCGUGCAUUCUAUAGUUUGCCCCACAGCCCUAUAGGUCACAUGCGUAUCUUAUGACUUUGUUACUCCAGACGGGUCAAGGUUGUCUUAACCACACUGCAAUGGAGUGAUAUUUGGGCUUCCAUUUUAUGUUGUAGUUCAUGGCCGUGUUUGUGUUCUCAUGACAAGCUUUUUUUCUAUGUUCUUACUUUUUUAUCCAGCAGGAUUGUAGUCUGAAAUCAACCUUCGUGUUGUCUAUCCAUGGAAAACUCCCCACCCCUCCAGCUGAAACCUUGCUUCUCUACACUAAAAUAAAAAGUAUAUAUAUGGAAA